CUUACUAAAAUGGCGGCGGUUUGUGAACUCGUUUGUGACAUCCGGCUACGUCACGUCCGAACACUCAAGCUCAAAAACAUGGCGUUGCUUCUAAGGACAGUGGCUCGGCAGGGUCUGUGUUCAUCACGGAUGCAGUUUGGCAUACUCUACAGACAUGCUGUUCCUAUGGGAACUACGGCAAAAGAGGAAAUGAACAAGUUUUGGGCAAAAAACACACAACUCAACCGACCUCUCUCCCCACAUAUAAGCAUAUACAAGUGGUCUGUUCCUAUGAUGAUGUCCAUCUCACACAGAGGAACAGGCAUUGGACUAAGUUCAGGAAUCUCUGCGUUUGCACUUGCUGCUUUGGUGCUACCUGAGAGUUACCCAUAUUACCUUGAUUUGAUUCACUCCAUGACCUUUGGCCCCCAGUUUCUGGCUUUCAGCAAAUUUGCUCUGGCUUUCCCAGUGGUUUACCACACGUUCAACGGCAUCCGUCAUCUGGCGUGGGAUCUUGGGAAGGGUUUUAAGAUUCCUGAAGUCUAUCGUUCUGGCUACAUUGUCCUUGCUCUGACUGUUCUCACAUCGAUCGGUCUUGCUGCCAUGUAAAUCUAUAGACAUGAGAGGACUGGGUGAGACGCACAAGUGAAGAAGUGGUGUUCUUUUGUUUAUCCGUCUUAGAAGUGGUCUGUGAGGACCAAAUUCAUUAAUAUAAUAAAAAAUGAAAUAAAAAAAAUAUAUCAACCAAAAAAA